AUUUUGUUUUGCUCCUUCGCUUUAUCGUUUUUCUUUUCGCUGAAACAGCAUGUUUUUGUUCUCAUCGUGAGAUCGUGUUGAAUAAUCAUUUUUUCAUACAAAUUAAUUAUUAAAUUAUGUUAAAACUUUCUCAACUAUACCAGCGGCUAGCACCGACGGCGUUGUGGACAAAUUCCGUCCGAUUGUGCUCGACGCAAGUGACACCGCCGGCGGCGCAGCCACAAUCAAAUUUCUCGCCCAUCGCAACCGGCGACAGCGCCGAUGUUCCGGACAAACUGUACAGCCGGGUGGAACUCCAGAUGAAGGGCAUCGAUCCGGAAGUGAUGAAAAGUUAUGCCUACUUCGCAAAAACUGCCGCCGAACAUCUGGACAUUGAGGUUGGUAAGCAUUGGGCCCUCCGGAAGGCGGUCAAAGAUCGGCUGACUUUGUUGAAAUCAGUGCACAUCUACAAGCACCACCGAGUGCAGUACGAAGUCCGGAACUACUAUCGGUUUAUGCACUUUCACAAGCUGACCGGGUCGACGUUGGAUACGUUCCUGGAGUACAUUGAGCGGAAUCUGCCGGAGGGUGUGGCACUUAAAGUUACCAAAGUGGAGCAGCAGGAGCUACCGGAACAUUUGAAAUCGGAGGGAGCGUAGGACACCAGGUAAAUUUUAAAUGUUAUUUGUAGAAACAACGUAAAUAAUA